ACAAGGGAGACAACUUCAACAAAAAUUAGGAAUUCAAUAUGGCUUCCGCCUGUGCCUUAGAAUGGGUUCCAGAUUCUUUAUACAAUAUGGCAGUUUCUGCAAUAGUUACAACAUAUUCUAAAUAUAGAAGGGAACUUAAGUCUUUACCUGAAAAUGUCCAGUUUGAUAUUUAUUAUAAAUUAUACAACAAAGGGAGAUUGUGUCAACUUGGCAUGGAAUUCUCAGAAUUAGAUACCUUUGCAAAGGUUCUUAAAGUAAAUGACAAGAGGCAUUUGUUACACCACUGCUUUCAAGCAUUGAUGGAUCAUGGUGUAAGAGUCUCUGAGAUACUGGCCGAUGCAUUUACAAGUCAAGUGUACCAGGCUUUACCAGAUAUACAAUCAAAAGAUAAAGUAAUACAGCUAGGCUUUGCAUUAGGAGGUUUUCUCAGUGAUGCAGGGUGGUUUAGUGAUGCAGAGAAGGUAUAUAAGGCAUGUCUGAGUGUAUGUCAAAUAGAUGUCACUGUUCCUAGUAUGUGUAAAUCCUUGGAGUGCAGUGUCAGGUUACUUCAUGUGCAGAACUCUAACUGUAAAUAUCAGGAGGCUAAAGCCACAUGUAAAGAUGCCUUGUAUGUAAUUGAGAAGAUUGAUGAGCAUGGAACCAGUGUAAACAAAGCAACAUUGUACACAGAAUAUUGUGCCCUGCUCUUUGCCGAGAGCCAGUAUGAUGAGGCAUUUAAACAUUGUGGCUUGGCGAUGAAAGAAUUGUCUUUGAGUUUACCUCAGAAAGCUGUUGUUGAUAUUCUGAGGCAAUGUUCUAAGGCUUGUGUUGUAAAACGGGAGUUUUGUAAAGCUGAAGUAUUGAUCAAGUAUGCUGUUAGCUAUGCCAGAGAAUGUUUUGGCUGCCAUCACCCGAAGUAUGCUGAUGCUUUAUUAGAUUACGGCUUCUAUCUACUCAAUGUAGAUUCAAUAGCUGCUGCUGUACAGGUUUAUCAGAAUGCAUUAGAUAUACGUCAAGCUGUUUUUGGAGGAAACAAUCUACACGUAGCUGUCGCCCAUGAAGAUUUAUCUUAUGCCUCGUAUGUACAAGAAUAUAGUUCCGGACGAUUUACUGAUGCCAAGGAUCAUGCUGAAAAGGCCAUUGAAAUUCUAGAACACAUUUUGCCAAAAGACCAUCUCAUGCUGUCAUCAUCAAAGAGAGUGAAAGCUCUUAUUCUAGAAGAAAUAGCAAUAGAUAGUCACAAUAAAGAAGUGGAGGACAAGUUAUUAACUGAGGCACAAGAACUACACUUACAAUCUCUUGCACUGGCGAGGAAAGCUUUCGGAGAAAACAACGUACAGACUGCCAAGCAUUAUGGAAAUCUUGGUCGCCUUUAUCAGUCAAUGCAUAACUUUGAGGAAGCAGAGCAGAUGCACCUUCAGGCUAUAGACAUUAAGGAACGACUGUUGGGGGCCGAGGACUACGAGGUGGCUCUGUCUGUUGGACAUCUGGCCUCAUUAUAUAAUUAUGAUAUGGAUAAAUAUGAUGAAGCAGAAAAACUGUAUCUUAGAUCCAUUGAAAUAGGGAAAAAGCUAUUUGGGGAAGGUUAUUCUGGACUAGAGUAUGAUUACCGGGGCUUGUUAAGACUUUAUCGACAAGUCGGGAACCAGAACAUGGCAGAUCAGUAUGCCAGUAUUCUCCAACAAUGGAACGGCAUACGUCAUAGAAACAAUGCUAUACAAGUGAAACCUCUAGAAUUUGAGUUGACUUCUACUUUACAAGAUCUUGUGACUACAUAUUUUUAAUGAAGAAUUGUGUUUUAAAGCGUUUUUUUUUUAUUUCAUGAAAUUCAAGGCUGGCUCUUUCAUUAUAUAUGACGCAAAAAAUGCUGUGAUUAUAGUGAAAAAAGAUUGGAGUAUACAUGUAUAAUGCAGAUAAUGUUUUAUCCAUGAUUUUUAUUCAGCUGUGAAAAAUCUGUAGCAUGGAGUAUAUUUGGGUAAAAGGGACAAGCCAAAUUAAUGUUUAGGGAAAUUAAAUUAUAUGACAUUAUAUUGUGAAUGGAUAUUUUUGUGUCUAUAUUUAUGUGAUUUAAAAUAUACAUGUGUGAUGUAUGUACGCUUAAAGGAGGAGGAAUCCUCUAAACAAAUGAUAUUAAAGUAUACAAAAUAAAACGAAA